AUUACAAGGUUUCCAAAGAUCAGGGCAGCUUAUCUGAUGGGUCAGAUUUGUCUAGAAUUACUACACUAUUGGAUAACCAUGCCUUAAUUCAUUGGCAGUCAGUGAUAUUGAGGAAUCAGUGGUUGCCCACUUUUUUCUCCAUCUUAUUCUCAUGUAUUUUGGUUGCAUUUUAAUCCCAUAAUGUGUUUACCCCUGUCUGGUUUCUUUGUUGCUUAUUGCCUUGUCAUGUCGGGUCAACCAGGGGCAAAAUAGUUGUCAUUUUCUAACUAGCACCAGGUAUAAUUGGUCUGCUCGAUCUCUCAAGAAUCUCCAUCAUCAAUAAGCCUGUCAAGCCAACGAUAGUCUCUCUCGUAUUCUCUUAGAUAUGGCCGGUACUGUAUAUCUGAGAACCAACCGUUUUGAGGUUAAGCUAGAAGGUAUUACCUUCAAAGCAAAAGAUUUUGAAUACUUAUGCACAGAGGAUUUUCUUUUUCCAAAAGGUAAGGUUUGGGUUCAUCGACCCAUUGUUGGCAUUGAUGUUAUGCAUCACCCUCGUGACCCCUCCAUAGUGUUAGUGCUCUUGUGUUUUGGGUUAGGUUGUGUGAUCCUCAGGUUUCGUUCCGGGGCAGUGAUCCCGGGUCCAAUACUCAAAUUUCUUACUGAUGAGAGAAUUUGCUUUGUGGGUUUCGGCAUACCUGAGAAGGGAGAGCUAUUCCCGUUUGAACAAUUAGGAUUGACAAAACAUAAGGCCGAUGUUGGUUACCUAGCUGCCAAAUUUUACAACUCCCCCAAGUACAAGAGAUGUGAGCUUGGAGAUCUGGCAAAGAAAGUUCUUGGGAUCAGGAGAAUGAUUGGGCUGGCUGAUUCUUCGUCGUUUGAGAGACAUGAGCAGAUCAAAUGUGGAAUCUGCCAACUGUUUAUAUCUACCGUUAUUGCCAUGUCAUUGUUUGGUGCCAUAGAGAAGAAAAAAGUGAAUGAUGCCCCCAGGAAAAGUCCUUUUCAAAUGAAUCUUUCCUUGCUGCCUCUAACUGAAGGAUGGUUCAAAUUGUUUGAAGGCAAAAUUCGCAAUGCUAGGGAGAAAGACAACAAUGAAGAAGGUGAUUGUGAUACUGCCCAAACCAGAGAGACCAUAGGCCAUAAUGAGUUUGGUUGUGGCAAAGGUGAAAGAAUGUAUUCUUGUGGCGAUUAUGUUGUCCGGGCGAAAGUGAGUGAGGCGGAUGAUUUAGUGACAGGAGAGGAGCCCGAGAGCGCAGCAAAUGAUGAUUCCAACACGACCAAAAAGCCAUUUCUAGGGAUGUUUAAGUGCCUAUUUCCUUUAGGUAUGUCACAGUUUAAUCCAUGCCCUGCACCGGUUCCUGUUGAUCCCGACAAGGAGGCAAUGAGCACACCAAGAAAGCCAUUGAAAGGGAUCCUAAAAUGUCCCUCCUCUUCAUAUGUGGAACUUCGGAGGAGUGAUGUUUCCAAUAAGGAAGAGACUGCUAAAAAACAGCCUAUAAAAGGGAUCUUAAAGUGCCGGUCCUCUUCAGCUAUGGAACGUUCCCCGUUUUUAAGUUUGAAGGAACCUCUGAAGAGAGCCAAUUCCAAGGGCCACAAUGUAAGCUUUAAAUGCAACAAUAAUUAAUCACACCUCUAUCUAUCAAACUGCUGGCAAACCAUUUUUGCAUACAUUACAUGUGCUUCCUUCCUUCCCUUUUUGUAAUCCCCUUUAGGUAGUGAUUCCAAUGUGGAUAAGUUCCCCCUCCCCCUUUCUGGUCAUUGGUAAUCUGCAGAACUAGGUAAGGAUCUGUAAGUACUAGAAUUCUGAGAUUCUAAUCAUACUAGUCCUGCAAUCUGCAGAUUGUGUAUGUUCCAAUUGGAGUCAAAUACUAAUACUUUGUUGUUUGUGUUUUAGAGGAUGUAGUCAAAAGUCUCAAAAGUACAUACAAGAAAGUUCCGUUCUUGAUAUUAUUGGCAUCAUGUAUUCAACUUGUGGUUUAGCCAAAGUUACGUUGGAUGAGGUGUUCCCAUAUAUAUUAUGUCCUGUAAACAGCUUCAAUUAUAAUGAAGUGAGGUUAAUUUUAUAUGUACGUUAAAACUCUCUAUUUCAA